GGCGGCGCAGGGGGCGGGGGCUGUGACGUUCUGCGUGUGGGGGGGCUGAGGGCCGGCACCCGGCGCUGAGGGCUCGAGCUGAGCUGCUGCAGCAGAUUGCAGUGAAAGCCAGACACUCAGCCAACCCCUUUCUGCCACCAUGGGUGAGCUCUUCCGGAGUGAGGAGAUGACGCUGGCGCAGCUCUUUCUACAGUCGGAAGCCGCUUAUUGUUGCGUCAGUGAACUCGGAGAACUCGGAAAGGUUCAGUUUCGUGAUCUAAAUCCAGAUGUGAAUGUUUUCCAGCGGAAAUUUGUGAAUGAAGUCCGAAGAUGUGAAGAAAUGGAUCGAAAGCUUCGGUUUGUUGAGAAAGAGAUAAGAAAAGCCAACAUCCCGAUUAUGGACACUGGUGAAAACCCAGAGGUGCCCUUCCCCCGGGACAUGAUCGACCUGGAGGCCAAUUUUGAGAAGAUUGAAAAUGAGCUGAAAGAAAUCAACACAAACCAGGAAGCCCUGAAGAGAAACUUCCUGGAACUGACUGAACUCAAAUUCAUUCUUCGAAAAACUCAGCAGUUUUUUGAUGAGGCUGAAUUGCAUCAUCAGCAGAUGGCGGAUCCAGACCUGUUGGAAGAGUCCUCAUCGCUCCUGGAGCCCAGCGAGAUGGGGAGAGGCACACCGCUGCGGCUCGGAUUCGUGGCUGGCGUGAUUAACCGGGAGCGCAUCCCCACCUUUGAACGCAUGCUGUGGCGUGUGUGCCGAGGGAACGUGUUCCUGCGACAGGCUGAGAUUGAGAACCCCCUGGAGGACCCUGUGACUGGUGACUACGUGCACAAGUCCGUGUUUAUCAUUUUCUUCCAAGGUGAUCAGCUGAAGAACAGAGUGAAGAAGAUCUGUGAGGGGUUCCGGGCUUCGCUCUAUCCCUGUCCCGAGACACCACAGGAGAGGAAGGAGAUGGCUUCUGGAGUCAAUACCAGGAUCGAUGACCUGCAGAUGGUUCUGAACCAAACUGAGGAUCACCGCCAGCGGGUCCUGCAGGCCGCUGCCAAGAACAUCCGGGUGUGGUUCAUCAAGGUGCGCAAGAUGAAGGCCAUCUACCACACCCUGAACCUCUGCAACAUCGACGUCACCCAGAAGUGCCUGAUCGCCGAGGUCUGGUGCCCCGUCACCGACCUGGACUCUAUCCAGUUUGCGCUCCGGAGGGGCACGGAGCACAGUGGCUCCACCGUGCCCUCCAUUCUGAACAGGAUGCAGACGAACCAGACGCCACCAACCUACAACAGGACCAACAAGUUCACGUCCGGCUUCCAGAACAUUGUGGAUGCCUACGGGAUCGGGACUUACCGGGAGAUCAACCCAGCUCCAUACACCAUCAUCACCUUCCCGUUCCUGUUCGCCGUGAUGUUUGGGGACUUCGGCCACGGCAUCCUGAUGACUGUCUUUGCGGUGUGGAUGGUGCUGAGGGAGAGCCGCAUCCUUUCGCAGAAGAAUGAGAAUGAGAUGUUCAGCACAGUGUUCAGCGGGCGCUACAUCAUCCUGCUGAUGGGCGUCUUCUCCACCUACACUGGCCUCAUCUACAACGACUGCUUCUCCAAGUCCCUGAACAUCUUUGGCUCAUCCUGGAGUGUGCGGCCGAUGUUCACCAUCUAUAACUGGACGGAGGAGACGCUCCGGGGGAACCCGGCGCUGCAGUUGAACCCAGCCGUGCCUGGCGUCUUUGGUGGCCCGUACCCUUUUGGCAUCGAUCCGAUCUGGAACAUUGCCACCAACAAGUUGACCUUCCUCAACUCCUUCAAGAUGAAGAUGUCGGUGGUCCUGGGCAUCAUCCACAUGCUGUUCGGGGUCAGCCUGAGCCUCUUCAACCACAUCUACUUCAAGAAGCCCCUCAAUAUCUACUUCGGGUUCAUCCCAGAGAUCAUCUUCAUGUCCUCCCUGUUCGGCUACCUGGUCAUACUCAUCUUCUACAAGUGGACGGCCUACAGUGCGCGCACAUCGGAGACUGCGCCCAGCCUUCUGAUCCACUUCAUCAACAUGUUCCUCUUCUCCUACCCCGAGUCGGGCAGUGCCAUGCUGUACUCUGGGCAGAAGGGAAUCCAGUGCUUCCUUGUGGUCGUCGCGCUGCUGUGUGUGCCCUGGAUGCUGCUGCUGAAGCCACUGGUCCUGCGUCACCAGUAUCUGAGGCGGAAGCACUUGGAAGGGCAACCCGAGGAGGCCCCAGUCAGCCCAGCCCCGAGCCAGCAGGGACUAGAGGCAGCAGCGGCUGCACCAGGAACUCUCAACUUUGGUGGGAUCAGGGUGGGCAACGGACCAACAGAGGAGGAUGCUGAGAUUAUUCAGCAUGACCAGCUCUCCACCCACUCGGAGGACGCGGAAGAGCCUGCCGAGGAUGCAGUGUUUGACUUCGGGGACACCAUGGUCCACCAGGCUAUCCACACCAUCGAGUACUGCCUAGGUUGCAUCUCCAACACCGCCUCCUACCUGCGGCUCUGGGCUCUCAGCCUGGCCCACGCACAGCUCUCUGAGGUGCUGUGGACCAUGGUCAUCCACAUCGGCCUGAGUGUGAAGAGCCUGGCGGGCAGCCUAGUGCUCUUCUUCAUCUUCGCCUCCUUCGCCACACUCACCGUGGCCAUCCUGCUGAUCAUGGAGGGGCUGUCAGCCUUCCUGCAUGCCCUGCGGCUGCACUGGGUCGAGUUCCAGAAUAAAUUCUACAGUGGGACCGGCUUCAAGUUCGUGCCCUUCUCUUUCGAGCACAUCCGGGAAGGGAAGCUGGAUGAGUGAGCCGCUGGACGGCGUGAGCCUGCCCCGUCCCCUCCGUGAUGAAUUGUGCCCCCGUGUCUGUGACUCCGCCACCUCCCCCGCGUGUCCCUGGAUGAGCACAGAGGUCGCCUGCUGCCGCCUAGGCCGGGCUGGGGCGGGAGGCUCUGUCCAGAGGGGGCGCUGGUGUUUCCCACAUCCGGGACCCCAGCCCCGCUUCCUCCUGGCUCGGGCGCCCGGUCCUGGGGCCCCGGCCCCGACUCCCCGGAUGCCUGGGCCUGAGGCGGGGCAGGGAAGGUGGCGCCCCGCCCGCAGAGGGCCACCCCGCGCCCCCUUGUCCCUACCCGAGCUCAAUAAAGUGUCCGCACCCCGA